AACUAUAAUAAUUAUAAACACAUUUAAUUAAUUAAAUCAAUUUAUAUUUGCUAAUAUUAAUUUGUUAGCAAUCUAAUUAAAUAAUAAAUGAGUGAAGGAUAUGCGGUAGAUUCAAAAUUAGAUAAAGAUAUUUAACUUUAGAAUCUCUACCAUUAAGAUUUAGCAGAAGCUAGAUAAAUACUAACUAAAAAGCAACAAGAUAGAAAUAGAUAUGAUUUGUAAAAGUUAAGAGAACUUUUGUGUCCUAAGUUAGCAUAUUUAUUAGUACUAUUCAAGAAUAAUAAAACUUGGAUACUAGAUUAGCUUUUUAAAUAAUUAUAAUAUAGGAUUUAUCAAAAAGAUUAGAUUGUUUGCUCUAUAGGUGAGAAAUCGUUAGAAUUUUACUUAAUUUUACAGGGAGAAUGCUCUGUAAUGAUCAAUCUGCAUGAUUAAAAGUAGAAUAAGUAGAGUAAUGAGUAAAAUAUUAAUAUAUCCAUUGCAAAUUUAGUAGAAGUUAAAGUGCUUUCUUAAGGAAUGUCUUUUGGAGAAAGGGGUUUGAUUGAAAACAGAGGAAGAACAGCAACAAUAAUAGCUAAAGAUGAAGUGCAUAUGCUGAUUCUAAAUAAAGAAUCAUUUAUGAGGAUAUUAGGGACUUAUGAAGAAAACAAACUUGCUUAAAUUGUUAAUUUGUUACACAGCUUUGAAUUCUUUAGGAGGUGGGGCAGAGGAAGCUUAAAGUGGAUUUAUUAUAAUGUAUUAGUCAAGAAAUGCAAGUUGGGAGAGUAUAUAUACUAGUAAGGAUAACAAAGUGAAAAUAUGUUUAUUAUUAUUGAAGGUGAUUUUUCUGUAACUAAAUCAUUUCUCAUAUCAAAUGAAAUGCAAGAUUAGAAUAAAACAUCUAAAAUAUAUCUUAAAAAAUGUAAAAAUAGUAAAUAUUUUCUCUCUAAAGAAGCACAAAUAUGUGUUCUUUCUAAAGGAGAAAUUUUUGGAGAAGAUGACUUAUACUUAUAAUAAAAUAGGAGCUACAGCAUACGUUGCUUGACUCAAGAUGCUAUCCUAUGGAUAAUAAGCAACAAAAUUUUUAAUGCUAAAAUUCUUGAUAAACCUUAUGCAGUACACUAUUUGGAAAAUAAUGCAAAAACAAAAAUAGAAAGAUAUGACUAAAUGUAUCAAUAAAUAGUAUAAAAUUAAUAAGAUACUAUUAUUCAUAGAAAAUUACAUUUAAGUCCUGAGAGAAUUAAACUAUAUAAGGAAUGUUUUACUUAGAAGACAGAUAUCACAUAAGAUUAGACUAAGUUUGAGAAAUAAAAAUAAAUUUAGCAUAUACCAAACUCGCUAAACUCAACUAAUAAUUAUACAUAUUAAAAUGAAACUUAAAAUAUAGAUAUGAGUAUUGAUUAUACAGAUUCAGAGUAUGCAAUUAAUUCAAAAUACGGAGAUUCAAUUUAACUAGAUUCUCUACCAAGUCUCACACCUUAUUCUUAUACAAAUAAAUUAAAAGCCCGUUAUAAUUAAAAGCAAAGGAGUUAAUCUAUUUCAAAUGAAUAUCAAAUAACUGAGGCUUUUACUUUGAACACUCCAAAAGAAAAAACUUCAUUUACUUAGUUGUUGAAAUUAGAAUAAACAUCUAGAAGCAGAAAUUAAAAUAAUGUGGAAACAAGUGCAGCAGAAUCUCCAAGCAGAAGUCCGAAAAAUAAUUUUUCUAUUAUCAGUAAAACUGAGCAAGCAAGGUCAAAUAUGUAAACCCAGUUACCUUCGAUUAAAGAUGAUAAAUAAUGUGAAAAAAGUAUUAUAAACGAAGAAGAUAUACAGAAUAAUAAAGCAGUCGAGCUAAAAUAUGAAUAGUCAAAAAAAAAGUUUUACAAAGAGUCAGGAGAUUCUUUAAUGGAGCAAAUUAUUUAAAGCGAUAAAAAUGCUAAAAGAAAGAACAGCAAAGUUAAACUUAACAAAUUAUUUAAUUAGUUAUAAUAUGAUAAAGAUGUAUUUUAGUUGUAAAAUCAGUAAAGAAAAUAGAAAGAUUAGCAAUAUGAAUAAGAUUUAAUUAGCUUAAACUUCAUUCUCAAGGGAGAUUACAUAAAUAGAGACAUCAAAUUUAGCAAAACAGAACUUAAAUAAGAUUUGAAAGAUGCAAUAGUAAUUGACUACAAAGUUAGAUCAAGAUCAUCAUACAAAAUUAACCAAAACAAUAAAUCAUUUGACUGCAAUAAUAAUAGUGACAGUUGCAAUAAUACCAGAUCGCCUCACAAAGUUUCUUUUUCUAAAAAUGGAAAAAAGAAUUAGUUUGACAACAAAUAUAUUUUUACUUUGAUUUGA